AUGCAUUCGCUACGAAUGGUUGCGGUAGCUUUGUUAGCUCUGAUGCGGAAUGUAUCGAUUACAGUUAAUUAUAACCGAAACACCGGUGGUGUUAAUGAAAGAGUGAUAGAUGGACAAUUUCGUGACAAUACCGCAAAAUAUUAUCAUAACAACAGCACACAUGGUCAUAGAAAUAUCGAUGAUAAUUCAAAAGAUAUUGAACAUGCAAAAUUUCAUAUCAAAGAAUCAAAAAAAAAGUCACUGAGGCAAGACAUGUUCAAGGAAUUGAACAUAUUUAAAGUUUCAUAUCCACCGGCCGAAUAUCACUUCUUCAGAUCGAUGCUUGAUGAAAAUCUCUGUAAUCAAUAUACUUUGGAAUGUAUUUAUUAUCGAUCGGAAUAUCCGCACAGUAGAUUAUCAUUUGAUCCGAAAACUGACAAAGAAUACAAUCCAUGUCAUCGAUUCGUUGAACCGUGUUUUGGAAUUUCCGAAUACGAUUAUAAAAUUAUAAAGAAAUUCAGGAGUUUAAGGGAAUAUUAA